AUGGCUACAGUUAUAGAUAUCUCAGAGGAUCCCUCAGAUCGGUCUUCGGAUGACGACGAUAUCCAAAUCAUAGAACUUAAUACUGCAACAAGCAAUAUCCUUGCUCAGGAGACUCCUAAUCAGAACACCUCCAAAAGCCUAAAUCAAUUACAGUGCCCCAUUUGCUUUGACGAUAUCACUCUGGCCACAGUGACCUCUUGUGGGCAUGUUUUUUGUCUCUAUUGCAUUCAGCAGAGUAUAUCUAGUUCCACGGCCAGGGGCCAAACAGGAGGAAGGCUGGGGGUUGGCUUGUGCCCCUUGUGUAGAAAGAGAGUGAAUUUCAAAGACACUACUCUCUUACGAAUGAAAAUUGCUGUAUCCGAUUCCAUGACUCCACCUCCACUAAACGGUGAAAGGGAGACAGGUACCGACUAA